CCGCAUGGCUUUUUACAGUCCAAAUCGCCAGCUCGCUUUUAAGUCAGCUGGUGGAGAAGUUGUGAUCGGCGGCGGCCGAAAGGAUCGUGUCGUCGCUUUCGUGGAUCCGGGAUAUGCAGCGAUGCCUGAUGGAGAUCACAUGGGGACUGGAGGAGGGGUCGUCCCCCCAUCUGGAAGUAAGCAUAGAUCUGCCACGAUUGCGAGGCUUGAUGCAGUGCUACUAUAUGGAGCUUGAGGAGGGGCAAGCUCUUUGUGCUGAGCUGGAGGACCUAUGCUGCGAAGAUGAUGACGAUAUUGAAGAUGGCGUUCAAGGCAUCGACCCCAUCGCUGACGACGCUACUAAGACCGACAUCAACAACCAUAAUGAUCUCGCCUACACCACCACCACCACCACCACCAACAACAACAACAAUCACAACAACAACAACGACAACGACAGGACUGUUAUUACGAUGCUGACAACUGCACAGACCACCGAUAUUGAUAUCAACGACUACACCGACAAUGAGAAGACUGUGCACGACGGUGGCAUGGAAGGAGGGGUUCCACGCUCGUGUGCGUUGGGGAGAAGUACCUACAACAACAGCGACAGUAAACGUAACGAUGCUGUCGGUGUCAACAACAACAACAACAAUAACAACGAUGAUACUUAAGAAGUGGCAAGUGUGACUGGGGAUUCGUUAUAUUUUGAUUGGGGGGAUGUGCGAGUUGGUCGGCGGAAUGGAGUGAUUAGUAAACAGGAAGGUUGUGUGGGGGUGCGAGGAGUGAGAUGGUGGCACGAAGGGGUAGGUUAGCGAAUGCCAGAUAGUAUCAUCGAUUUGUCACGCAUAUUUUGGUGAUCUCAAUUUGUCAUACGUAAUUGUCGAUCUCAAUUCGUUGCGAAUCAACUAAUAUGGGUUUGGGCACAUGGUGGGGCAAAUGGGGCUGUGAGGAUUGGAUCGGGGCUGUUGGUGCCCUGCCGCAUGGGGAUUGUCACUUCAGUGCUUGCAACCUUUCCUUUGCAAUAAAUUCGCCAUGUGGUA